AUGAAGUACCACUACAAGAAAUGUGGGUUUUUCCGGUGGUAUUUUACCGAGGGCCUACGACCCCUCGGUAAUGCUGUGGUAGCAUCUGCCACGGUAUUUUCUCUCGAGAAUCAUUGUAGUUACACAGUUUGGCUGGGGACGCUUUCCGGCAACGGCGCUGGCAUUCUCGGUUCUGGCGGUUUCGCCCUGCAGCCCGGUUUGUCGGUCCACCUCACAGCUCCGUCCGGCUGGUCAGGCCGCUUGUGGGCUCGGACUGGAUGCACCUUUGACGACUCCGGUGCCAGAAAAUGCGCCACCGGAGACUGUGCGGGGGGACUUAAAUGCACCGGCGGAGGAGUCCCGCCGAUGACGCUGGUGGAGUUCACGAUUGGAAGCUCCGGGAACGGUAACAAGGACUUCUACGACGUGAGUCUCGUGGACGGUUACAACGUGGGAAUGGGAGUGAGGGCUCUCUCCCCAAAUUACCAAAAUUUGGAAUCCCUCUCUCCUCUGCCGAAAUUUGGAAUCCCUCUCUCCUCUGCCCAAAUUUGA